AAAUGACAACCGCUGUUGUUUCUGGGCGAUAUACAAAAGAGUCGCCGAGGAACACGACGACGAGUUCCUUGAGCGAUACACAAUCGACAUGGACAUUAUACUCCAACGACACCACGCAUACCCUUCUCGCGCAACUCGUCUAAAUCGGACUUGGCAACUUCACUGCAGCUGAGUCUACUCCCGCAGCACCAGCAUCUACAUAGGCGCCGUCCACGGCGGAUAUAACGAUCCAAACGAUCGCCUAUGCAUGCUUGUCCAUGAGUUUGUUCACUGCUUUCGAUGCCGUGCUAGGCAAGCAGUGGCUUGGUACUAUAAAUCACAUGGCCACGGCCGUGGCUCGCAGGAGGAACGAGGGAAGCGCAGACAAGAUAAGUUCGACAGCAUCAUCACGUGGCACUUCGAUACUGUUGUGCAAUCAUUUCCAGUCUUACUUCAUAUCUUUCUUCUUUUGUUUGGGAUCGCUCUCAGCGCCAAUAUGUGGUACACGCAAUACAGCAUCGCCUGGGUCAUCAUUACAACAACGAUUUUCGGAUUUUUAUUCUAUUCGCUGACGGUGAUGGUAGCUUUGGUAUCUCCCGCCUAUUCAUUUCAGAUACCGAUAUGGGCGAUAUCAUGCGCGUUGCGUAUUGACAGUACACCGCGCUAGCUGCUGCGAAAGAUAAAAUAUUCCGAUGGUCUUCAGAGUUGGGGGCUUGUCCCGAUUCCGUCUCCGAGUAGCUUUCUCGUGU